UCGGUCGAAAAAGCCCUCUUCCGGGCCCUCCGCACGUCCCGCCUCGUCGAAUCCCGCGCUUCCUCGGGAUACUCACGUUGCGGGCGUACCGACAAGGGUGUCAGCGCCGCCGGACAACAGACUGAUCCUCCCCUUCGCCAACAACGGGCACUGCGCGAACACGCGUACGACAAAAUUCUGAACAACUUGUUGCCCGAUGACAUUCGGGUCCUGGGUUGGAUACCAGUAUCCGACGACUUUUCGGCACGCUUUUCCGCCACUUCGCGGACCUACCGGUACUUUUUCCGCCGCCGUCGGACUUUGGAUGUCGAAGCUAUGCGCCAAGGCCUCCAUCGGAUGCAAGGGACACACGACUUUCGCAAUUUCUGCAAAAUGGAUGUCGAAAAGGUCUACAACUUUGAACGCCGAAUCGAUAAGGCUGAAAUAGUCAAUAUGGAGCGAGACACCGGCGUCUCCUACUUUUUAAUUGUCGGCCAGGCAUUCUUGUGGCAUCAAAUUCGUUACAUGGCGAGUAUUUUGUUCGCCAUCGGUCAAGGCUUGGAAACGCCUGAGUUGGUCACGGCCAUGCUGGAUAUCGCGCAGAAUCCGGGUAAGCCAGCCUAUCCUUUGGCGGAUGAGCAACCGCUAGUGCUGCACGAUUGUGGCUAU